AUGAAAAAUUUUGCUUGCCGCUAUCCGCUCCAUUUUCGGCGGGAAAAUGUGGAGGCCUUAGGUGUCGCUGGUAUUUUUUCGUGAACCUGUUGUUGCAUACUGCAGAAUAUGCGACGGGUUUCUAGCUUUCUGAUUGGCUUUAUUCUUUAUGACAUGGAAUAAAUGCAAUGUGGGCCUUCUGCUGUGCCAUAUCCCUGGGCGCAAUAAAUAAAGUUUAGAUCAGUGAUUGCCUUCUUGUGCGGGUGCUAAUCACUAGCUAAUACCUUUGAAAAGUCACUAUACUCAAUGUUGACAUUCAUCACAGCUUUUAGUUUUAGGGAAAGUUUUCUCACGAUCCGUCUAUUCUGAUCACGUCAUUUUUAAUCGCGCCUUGGUGGUCGAUAUUUGUUCAGAUUUAGAAGACUCCGUUAUUGUGGGAAACAGCGGAAAUUACCUGAGGAUUUUAAGAAGCUGGCUUUCCCCUGUGGCACGAAGCGUGAAUUCUGCCUGGAAGCGUUGUUGGCGUGCAUCCGUGGAUGGCUGGGCUUCAAGUACAUUUCACUCACGAUGUGAUGGCAAGGGACCAACUGUAACAAUAGUAAGGGUCGGAAGGUAUAUUUUUGGAGGAUACACUAGUAUUUCAUGGGGUAUGUUGACAUAAUGAACUGAAAUAAUUUUACUACGGUGACUAGCUUUGUUGUAAGGCCGAAAACAAAGUUAUGUAAUUGAACAUUACGAAAAUAACGUAGCCAUUGGAUACACUGAUAAAAAGUUUCCGUUUUAUGGAUCUUGUUCUAGCCGUGCUCCACCCCUAAACCUCCCAUCCCAUCCCCAUUCUCUGAAUUUGAGACCAAUCCUUAUCAUUGGUUAGUUUCGUUGUGAACUACUUAUCCUGCCGUAAACUGUUUUAAAAGCCUGAUAUCAAAGUCUGUCAAUAAGAACUUUUCUUUAUAUAAAUGGAAGCGGCCUCAGGUGAAGUUCAUAAAUUCGUUUAUAUAAGGAAGGAAAUAUAUUAAUGAACUUUAAUUUCGCUUCACGAUGCAUAUGAUCGAAGGAUUUACAAGUGAGUAUCAGGAUAGCGUCGCUAGUGACAGCUGUUUUAAAUUUCUUUUCUCUCUGACAGAUUCCAGCGGCAAUAAGUAUCAGUACGACUCCAAAGCCUUUCUGUUUUCACUGGUGAACAAGCCAGGAUGGGCACCUGUUAAACUGCCUCAAACAGGAAGAUAUAGUUCUAACAGAGCAUAUUCCGUACGUUUUCGUUCAUCGUAUGGGCCCACAUUCGGUGGAGGACAUGACAUUCACAUUUCCAACUCGGCGUCGUCCAAUAGCCAUUCAUACAGCAACCUUGGCCAUACUUACAGCGCACCGAGCGGGUACAGCACCUUCGCCCAAACAUUCCUGGCAGGAACUCACAACUUCACUCCAGACGAAGUGGAAACCUUUUACGAGUCAAACUAAAAGAAAUAAUUAACCAUAGGCCACAUCGAUUUUGAUGUUAAUUCCGAUAGUCUGCAAUGUAAUCACGUCGUUAAAAAGAAUUUACUUAAAACUAGUCCUGUAUCAGUACGCGUAAGAAACGACAAACGAUAAAAAAAAAUAAGACCUACAAACAAAGCAAAAGCCUUUUUCUAUAGUGAAACCUAAAGUAAAUAUACCAAAAACCGGUUUAUCCAAAAAGAGCACGACCUAUCCGUAUAUGGACUAAACGUCUUUUCAUUGUUUGACCAUUAAACACUCGCGACAUGUUCGCCUACGGGUGGACCUAUUUUUGAUUUCGUUCUUGAUUUUUUUAAACAAAAGACAAAAGCUUACAAAAGAAAUAAAAAAUUCAAUAAUACAUUAAAAAAUAUAUAUUUGAUAAAAAGCAAAAACUUCAAAACAAAUAUGAGAAGGUUGAAAUUGAAAACUAAGAGACGAAAAGAAAAAUUGAACCCUCGACUUCGUCUUUUAGUUUUGUAUAUCUGUCUCGAAUUCUGCUCACCUCUUUCGUGUUUAUAUCAGGCUAUGCAAACACGGAAAAAGUCUUCUAUUACUUGAAUAUUUAGUGUAAUCGAACUAGAGCCAAUCACGAUUACAAGCUCUAUGUAAAAGUUGCCAUCCUAAACUGCGACAAAUAUUCUUUCUUUGUACGGAUCAUUAAUGCAAGGAAUAACUUGUCAAAAGAUGUUGUACACACAGGAUCGCUGACUUUAAGUUUUGUAACAGAUUAAGGAUUUAUAUAAAUAUUGAUUAAUACGAUUGUAAAUAGUUUCAAUUAUGAUGUGCAAAUGAUGUUUUUUAGUUUUUAGGUUUUAGAUUCUUCUCCCCGCAAAUUUAUAAUGUUUUAGAUUCUAGAUUUUACCUUUUCAUCUUUUAUUUUGUCUAGAUAUCCACUUUCGAGAAGAUAUUUUGUAACUUUAGCUUUUAUCUCUUGAAUAAAGUAUUGUAUUGUAUUAUAAUAUCAUUGGCUGUAAUUCUAAGGCCCCGUCCACUAAUAGGUUUUCGUUUGAAAACGCAUACAUUUCGAUGCGUCAUGCCUUCCGUCCACACUACCGCGCUGAGCGUUUUCAUCGAAAACGCAUCGAUUUGAAAAUACUCUUGAAAGUGGAUCAAAACGAAAACGCAUUCACACCGUAUUUGAGUGGAAGGUCGAAAACAGUAAAAUCGUAUCGAAAUGAAAUCGACGACCGAAAUAUCGCAGCUGCUUUUGUUGGUAGCACGCGCAUACUAGAGUUCAUGACCCACUUACGUCACGAACAUUUCUACGGUUUUGAAACGUUUGCGUGUGUACAGUCGGAAACGCAUCGAAAUGCCGGUAGUAGUAUGCACGCGAAUCGAUCGAUAUAUUAGUGUGGACAGGGUCCAAAUAGGGAACGGUAACGCGAACGUCAAAAAGGUAUUAAGCCGUUAGUAAAACAACAACUAUGCACGCGAAUCACGCUUUUUUUGUACAUUUUUAUGCCGUCACAUGCAGCACCACUACGACGUGCCGUAACUGCCUCAUUUCACGUCUUGUGGAGAGCAUGAACGUAACAUAGAAACAGUCCUUUAGAAUUCAACUCCAGAAAAAAUUCACCUACAUUUGACAAAUUGAACCGCAUGGAAUAAGAGCAAUGAACUUGGAAAGAGCGCCAAUUCACUUUUCAAGAAAGGUUUUUGCCACUUUCGUCGUCGUGGGUAAAAAUUCUCCGAAUAUGUCGCACACGAAAGGCCACACAGGCAUAAACCUUGGAAAGACUGGAGUGACUUCAUGCAUUGAAUGGUUUCAAUUUUUUAUCAUUGAUAGCGUCACGGUGAAAGCCAGCAAACGGUUUUAGCCAAUUUGCGCCGUUUCGCCGUGAUCUUUGAGAGAAGUGCAUGAACAUGGUAUGCGAUCAAUAUCGAAAAUUAUCUCAUUAAAAAGCAAACUUUUAAAGUUCAAUUGAAGUUCUUCUGUGGAAAAAAUUACUUUGAAGUUUUUUAAUGUUAAUGUACGUAAUUUUUUUUAGUUUACUUAGCCCAUAGUGGAGAGGUAGUCCGGCAGUUGUCUCCCGUUUUGUGAAAGUUAAAUUAAUACUUACAGGAAAGCAAACAGAAAUAAAUUUCCAAGACUGACAACGUAAUUUUAAAUGUGAAUAAUUUUAAACUUUACUUUAUUUGAAAUAUUUUUACUUUUAUUUCCUAAGUCUACUGUGGAAAGGCUACGUAUACAUUAGUCGACUUCAGUUUUGUGGGAAUGGAAUCAAUACAUAGAGAAAGGAAACUGGGAAUGAAAGUUCCAAAAAAUAUAUUCUGAAAUACCAACAAAGUAUAGAUUGUAAAUAAAUCUGUUCAUUCAGGGUGCUACUACCCGAGUAGACGGCUACUCUUGACAACGGUGCAUACCGACUGCAAAGCUGACUAAUUGUAAAGACAAAAUGCGACAUAUUUGUCUUUAAGACAAUUCCUCUACGACAGUGGUGACUGCAGCGAUGUAUUUUGCUUGUUUGUCUUAUCCAUAACUGACUCAAGAGAGAACAAAAACCCUUCUAAUGUGUUUUCCACCGCCUCAGUGCAAUAUUUUCCUGGGUGCGAAACAACAAUAGAGAAACUUUAGGGCGAGAAUGUUGAAGAUUAUCAAGACGAAGGUCGCUAACUCUUGUCUUAAAGGGGCCAAAACAAUAAUGCGAAGUUCAUGAUUGCCAUACCAGGCAACACCGUCGAUAUAAUAGCAGUGUAGGGAGUUGCCCGGAGGAUUUGUCGUUCGAAAUCCUCGAACUUUAUGUUCAAUUUCGCUCCCUAUAAUAGCAAAUAGCUGAGAAACGUCUAAAAGUUCAAGAAUUUCCUCAUUUUAAUUUGCUUGAUGCAUCUGAGUGAACAGCAAUAUUUGUAGUUUUCCUCAAUAUGAAUGUUCCACGCGUACAUGGUCACUAUCACUAGAAAAACACUUUGAUAAACAAACUGACAUGUCACGCCGGAAGGAACCAGGUAUCUGUACUUGUUUUCGUUCCUGAAGCAGCAGAUUAAAAGCCUGAGAGGAUUCGUAUAUAAGAAAAUAAUCCUAUGCAGUUAAGCAAGAAAAAGCAAGAAGCAAGCAAGAAAAACGGCAGAUUCAUAUCUUUUCCCAGUCGAUUGUUAUUACAAACUAAUGCUGGACGAUCACGCUGAAGCAAGUUAAGGGGGGCUUAUGAAAGGGCCUUCAAAGGCUAAGGGCACUAGCUAAUGGCGUGUGUGGUACGGUGCUUGUGCAAGUCGCGACAGUAGCCUAUUGUUCAAUUCAGUUUUAUAUCCCUAUUUUUCAUAUUUGUCUGUGCUAUUCCCCCGAAAAAUGCAUGUUGCAGAUUAACAACCCUGUUCUUCUUUGAAACAAAUAUUUACCUUCGCGUCUUUCCAAGUAGCCUCACUAGUAGAAAACCAGUCUAGUCUCUCGAUGGGCAAAGCUAACGGCGCAGCGCACUAUUAAUGACGUCAGAGUGCUAAUUUGCAAUGUUUUGCCACUUUUGUCAUUUGAAUGAGAAAAGUGAGGAAUUCGCUAGAUGUUUUAAAUUUCAAUUUGGUUGUCUGAGUCUCAGUAUAUAAAUAGUAGCUUUGCGCAGCGCUAUUUUACGUUUGACGACCCAAUGCGUGCCGUAACUUGGGCUGGAAAUUGGCGCGGGCUUUAACAGGAGGGUAAUAAGUAACAUCAGCCCUUGCACAGGGUUUUCGAGCACGGGGUAUUCAAUGAGAAUACAAAAGUGGUUGAAAAGAAAGAAAAAAGUAGGGGUCUUCUCGCCGGUCCGGCCAAUCCAGUUCCUUACCCCACUUGUCGCUGCUUUAUUUGAGUGGCGCACACCACUCCAGAGUUUGCGAGACACGUAUUUCUAGCAUACGGCUAUUUCAAGAAAGGUCGUCGGAAAAAGUACACGCGACAAUCCCGAAAGGUAUUGUGGUGGUUUUGAGUUCACUGUUCUUCAAAGAAAUUGCAAAAAUGGCACGAGAGGCAACAAAAGUAAGUAAGUUUUCCCAUAUUACCUUUUUUCCGACAACCUUUCUCGAAAUAGAAUUAAAUUUUAACCCGGGUUUCUUUUUCUUGUUAUUAAAAGCCCUUUGUCGGAUAGUUUUCUAUAUUUUUUUUUAGAGUAUCCACUCAUCAAAUUGUAGGCAAAGAGAAUUAAACUGAAUUUGCUUUUUAAGUUCUCAUAUUUGAGUUCAAAUUUCGCACUAACCCUGCGUUAUCUUAGCCCAGCUUCGAGCAGCCCGGUCUCCCCUGGACGCCAAAACCCAGUUGAGGUCAUUGUUAAGGUCUUCCACAAACCAUACCCUUUGGAGCGGCAUUUGCCUGCGUGCAGACGUCUCCUAUUUCCUUUGUUGCACAAAGGAAAUAGGAGACGUCUGCACGCAGGCAAGGGCGGCAUAUGCCCAUAAGGCAAUUAUAAGGGACUACACUCUUUCUUUUUUAUAAGAAUAUUGUUUUUCCGGCCCAAGCUGAAUAUUCCUAUUUUUCUGCCGAGUUUAGGCUGAAAAUAUUCUUGUUAAACAGUCAAACCUCUUUAAUACGGACACCAAAGGGACAGAACCAAGUGUCCGCUUCACAGUGGUGUCCGUAUUAUAGAGGUAGGGAAUGUAUGAUUUUUGGAAUUUCUGGAACCAAACGAACUGUCUGUUAUAGAGAGGUGUCCGUAUUAUAGAGGUGUCCGCAAGGAGAGGUUAGACUGUAUGACAUUUCCGUUUUGCCGUUUAGAGAAAGGAAUAAUUUUAUACAGUUAAGGAAAAACAUGUCAUUGUAUUGUAUUUACAGACUUUCAACGCACGAAAUUAUAUUCUUUUCACAAUUUCAGCCUCAGGUUUAUUCUUAAAAUAUUCUUAAAAUUUCGCAAAUUUCAGCCUCGAUAUAAAAUAUAUUCUUAUAAAAAAGAGAAGAGUGUACCCCCCCCCCCACCCUGGGUUCUGCAAUACGAGAAUGUAAGAAUAAAGUAGGUAAAAAACCAGGGUAGCUCCUUUACGCCCGGGGGUACUGCCAUACAUUACCUAUACGGGUAUGUGCCGCCCUAAGGGGUCGUGAUUUUGAAGCUCCUGAUUUAGAACGGGGUAUCCAUUUCAGAGGCGUUUUCUAGAACGGGCUAUAAUAUUUCGAACGCACUAAAGCUCCAGUUUUGUAAGCAGCCAUUUGAAGUAUUCAAGGACAGAUUGCUUUUAAAAAUACGGUUCAAUGCGUUAACAAGCAAACUGUUGCACUCUUGUUGCACUCUAGAACGGAGUAUAAAAAAUUGGCCCAUUUCUAGAACGGGGUAUAAGUUUUAGGGCGAAUUCUACAACGAGGUAUAAAAAAUUGGCCCAUUUCUAGAACGGGGUAUCAAUUUUAGGGGAAUUUUUUUUAGAACGGGGUGCCAAUUUGGAGUCCCGGGCGGCACAUACCCACCCAAAAAAUACCCGAGUGCCCCCCCCGGGCCUUUACGUCAGUUGUCAGAUUAAAUUAAACAUAAAUUUUUGCUGGCAACUUUCCCACAAACGUUCGUAUUUGUGUGGCUAUGAAAGAAAGACGUUGUGGAGCUGAAGAAAUGAAACCCUUAAACACCUCAAGAUCUCAUCGAAUCCUUGAUUUUGUUCCAUCCGUUAGGCCAUCGUUUCUUUCUGUGAUGCUAGUUUUUGUUUGCGGAUGCCUCUGGGUGAAGAAUACGACAAUCAACGAACGACUUGUCGCGCUGGAAUCUCGCAUUCACUGUUUUUCCUGCGUUAAGAGUAUUUCUAUCGAAAAUCUUGACAAGAUGACUCUCUCGCCGGCAAAAGAUACCGCAAAAGAUCUUUACAAGAAUAUGCAGACACAUGUUUCAGAAGGGAUCGCCUCUAACUCAGGUAAAAUCGAUGUUCUAGGUAUAAUUAUCCUCUCUCAUAGAUGUCGUGCUUUGACUGAAAUAAACUCCAGCUACUACGGACUCUCGCUAAAGAGGACACUAACUCGAGGUUCCUAUAGUGUCCGCUGAAAAAGUAGUUGACUGUAAUUCGCCUUUUGAAACAAGAAACGAUUGGCAUUAUCUUUAACCGGGACAUUUCCUCAAUGCACCCUUCCCCCAACCCCUCUGUCCCUGGCAAAAUAUAGCAUCACAGUAUAACGUGACUAAUAUGAUCCAUCUAACCAGAAAUUCCAAAAAUUAUUGUCUUUCGACGCUUUUAAAAUGUGACAGUGUCAAUUUCGGUGUAUAAAAUACUGUUCAGUAACGGAAACUUGCAAAGAAAAUUAAGUUUCAGUUUUAUUUCUGUCGGAUAUUGCAUUUAAAGCCCUUCUAACUAUCCAAGUGAAUAUGUUUCUAUUUGACGGGGCGAUCUACAAAUAGCAUUCCUUUCUUGUAAUCUUGAGGAGAGACUUUUCACACGCAGGGAGAGAAUUCCAUCAAGUUAACGCUUUUCCGAGGGUACCGUUGGAGGGCAUUUUUUUAGCUCCCGCGCAGGCUAUCUACAUCAUCGACUACUAUAUCUAAAUAAUCACUGGGCGUAGAUAUAGGGGCAAUAACUCCGUGCAAUUUUUUUUUCGUUGGGUCUAAUUCGACUUCCAUUUCUGUGCGCCAGAAGACCUGAAAUGACCGGUCCCGGCUCCCCACAAUAAUCGGCCCCAUUGAGGAAGGAGUAGGACACGCAAAGCCUUCUGGGAGAUCCGACCGCUAGUUUGUCUUUUUUUGACAUUACCCAUUUCUUGAUUGGGUGUUGCCCUCACGGGUAGCACAAUAAUAACAAGAGUGCCUGUUGUUUAUGCCUUGUUCUUUUCUUUAAAAAAAAAAAAAAAAACGUUCCGACAAGCGGGUAAAAAACGUCCCCAGCGGCGAGUUAUCGGCGGGGAGCGAGGAAAGACGCGCAGGCUAACAAGUGGCGGGGUAUUCUGAAGUUCAGCCGAUGCCGCUUAAUUAGACCAAAAGAUUCUCCUCUCUUCGUUCAGACAAUCCUCAAGGAGAGGUUUCUUUUUCAAGUUUUCUUUACGGUAAUAUACGAUACUUCUAGUUUGUAAUUACUUCGUGUGAAUUACUUUGCAUUUCUUUUUGGAUUGUUAUUGUGAUCAUAAGGCCUCUUAUCAUUGUCUUAUAUUAAGUAAAAAGCAUUGGAGUUAACAUUUUGAUGCACCAAAAAAUUUAUCGCCGGUCUUAAUUACCCCUUUUCCUUCCCUUUCGGACGCCUACCACGUGGGUUAGGUCUUACAAAAGAUAGUUUACUUUGAAGCUUUUUGGGUUGUCAUUGUGGGACAGGAAUAUUGAGUGAUGGAGACAGCAAUGCGUGAUUAAUCUGUACAAUUUAGUUAAGGAUUGACUGCAAAGGGUAAAGUUUCAAAAGUUAGAGUGCUGUAAGGACCUGUAAGUGGGCCAAAAGUUAAGCGUAAGAACGUCUGCGUAGGCACCUUGUGUAUUGAGUGGAAAAUUAGACUGUGUUAUAGCGAGUAGGAAAUAAGACCACCCCACCCCCCUUUGAUGAUAGGUAAUAGCAAGAGACUAUAAAGGGGACAGAGAGGGCAUCCCCCAUAUACACCCUAUUCCAUAGGUAAUUCGUCUCGAGUUAUUUUUAACACCACAGAUCUCAAGGGGGAUUAGACAACAGCCAAUCACAUAGCGCGAAUGUGUUCCGCGUGUAUGACCCACACUGAGAGCCACGCUUCCUUCACGAAAUGACGCAGAACAAAAUGGGGGAAGACGCGAAGAGCGAUUUUGCUAUUCCUUUUGUCGACGAAAACGACUACAGCGAGAUUUCUGCGAAAGCUGUGUCAGCGAAACCGAAAUUAAAAAAGAAUCGCCCUUCCUCUCUUGUAUAGAGCUAACAGUAGAGCAGGGAAAUCCUUAACACACUGAAUAUUCUCUCAGGAUCAUUUAUAAUUUACAGUUUGAAGAGAGCAAUUUCUGGUUUGAUGUUUAUUUUUUUCAGUCUUUAUAGCGAUUAUUCCUACCCACUUACUUUGUCAAUUGUAGGCGAACCCUCCUAAAGCUGAAUUUCAAGGGAUCAUAUUCAAGCUCAGAAAGAGAAUAGAAUUUCGUCGUUGCUUAUUUGCGUCCUCCAUAAAACGCGAAAUUAGGCAUUUUCACGUCGUAGUCGUGCAAAAACGGGAAAGAAAUGAACAAAAAAGUGUUUUGCACGUGCGAAGUUGUUGUUUUCCUAAUUAAACCUAUUGUUUUUUUGACGUUCUAGUUGUCGUCCGCGUCGUUGGAUCUUAAACUCCCUAAAUUGUACAAACGACCGGUUUCAAUAGACCGGCCAAAGUUCUCAUUUUAUUAAAGCACUGAGGUUACGACUACUUCGAGUUAAACUGAUUUCACGGGUUGUCAAAGAGUCCAGCGAUUCCUUUUUCCCAGGUGAGCGCCGACACAUUUCGCUUCAAUAUUCAGGAAUGCUCUCGAUCUUUUUACGCUUUCAUUGCCUCUCGCCCGACAUGUUUUGCACGGCGUUUGGUCAUGCGAAACCAGACGAAUUACCUAUGGAAUAGGGUGUAUAUGGGGGAUUCCCUCUCUGUCCCCUUUAUAGUCUCUUGGUAAUAGAACACACGAGAUCUAUCUUGUUGUGCAAGUCCGCCAUAUUGGUCUCGUCUUGUAGUUUUGCAGUGGGAAAAUAGCGCCCACCUGUUGCCGGCCAGUAACAAUAGGCACAAUUAAGUUGAAUCAAGAGAGAAUGAGCUACUCUUGCUUGAAUACAGUAAUUUGCUGCCUAAAACAUGUGACAAAACAGGAUUCACAGUAAGAGGGGCAGUAAUAAUACACCAAUUUCCACAAGAACAUUCUGAAUGAAAAAAAAAAGGAAAACUACCACCUACCUGACAUUGAUCAGUAGGUCUUGUUCUAUCAAAAUCCGCUAUCAAACCUUCUCUGACCCGAUCAUUGUACGAAACCCCUCUUUCAGGGUCCAGGCUUCGGGACUAGAAAAGAAGAAAGAGGAUUGUUGACCUCGUUUAGACUACUUUAUUUCUUUUGCUUCAAUUAUCCAUUUGCACAUCUCCCAUAAUACGUACACCUUGUUUGCCCCCUUAAAUUUUGCAUAACCUUUAAUCUCUCUUGGGUAUUACAGUCGUUCCAAGAGAAAUUGAAGACAAUCUUUAUGCAAAAAAUUUUGGGGGGCAAAACGAGGUGUACGUGUUGCACGUUUUACCGGCCCAAGGCAAACUUGUAUUGCAGCAGGUGACGUAACCUCCGUGUAUGGCGUCACUUCCGGGUAAUUUUAUUCAAUCAAACAGAAUUGAACGUGGGUGGUAAAACGUGCAACAUCGCUUUUCAACUCUUGUUGCGGCAUUGUUUCGAAAUAAGUUGAACGUUUUUGUUGCUUGUUUUAUCGUAGCUUAAGACCCGGUGUCUCUUUCUCGUAAACACUUCCAUUUAUGGAAGGGAUCGUGUCAUUUCUCCUCACGCUAUGCUGGUGUCAGUAACUGACCUAAUAACUUGUUUUAAAUUUCGAAGGAACCUUCUAAUACGCACAACCUUGUUAAAUUUUAUUUGUUUAUUAAUCAAAUCAGUUAUUAUAAUUUAUAUAUAACGUUUUUGACUGCAGUUGUAACGUUGUCAAAAAUGGCAUUUACAACCGUCCGACCAAGAAACCGAAGACACGUUUUAAACGACACUUCAGCUAGUAUAACAUUACAAGACGUGAGAAAAGAAAUCACAAAACAUUUUCAACAACUUAUGCCCCUCAAGUACUGUACAUCAAGUGAGAAAGUAUGCCCCGCAGGUCCCCCUGGACUUCCCGGUCGCAGUGGGGCAAAAGGACCACGUGGUAGGAGGGGAACAAAGGGGAAAAGGGGGCCUCAAGGUCCCAUGGGACCACCUGGAAAAUCCGAAAAAACAGGAAUGACGGGUCCUGCAGGGCCGAGAGGAGAAAAGGGAGACAAGGGAGAGUCUGGACUGAAAGGUAUGCCGGGAUUGCCUGGAAUGCCUGGGAAAUCGAUAUCUGCUCCACAAGUAAUGUUGUCGCGGGCAGAACAGACAAGAGAUGAAGGAACAAAUACGGCUUUUUAUUGCACAAUUGGAGGAAAUCCUCCCCCUGCCGUCGAAUGGCGAUUUAAGGGCAGAAAGCUUCUGUCAGGUGCAAAGUAUCUGAUUAAAAAGGGAGAGUUGAUCGUUAAGAAUCUGAACUACAGCGAUGCUGGGCAGUACAAAUGUCAUGCCAGGAACAUUCUUGGAUCGUCUGAGGCCACUUGUGAUUUAUCUGUUCGAGGUAAGCUCAGAGAAUAAUUGAAACUUCAGGAUUUUUCAUACUCAGCUGCUUAGUGAUGAAUAUAUUUAUGUCUAUAAAGGGUGUUGACUGGUUCACACCCUUGUUUGAGAUUUGCUGGUAAUUUUUUCCUUUUUGCUUUCACUUUCUUUUUUCUUUCUUCCUUUUCUUCUGUUUUAAUAUUUGUUUGUUUUGUUUUGUUUUUUAAUUCAUUUUUAUCUCUCUUGCAAUAAUUUGUACAAACAAUAAUAUAGAAGGUUCGUCGUCUAGGUGCCUGCAAUUGUCUUCUAUUCGUUUUUAUACAUAUCACUUUCAAUUUUCAUCUUCUCUGUCAGGUCUUCCUGUCUUAACAAAAGUUCCACCUUCACCCUCCACGCCAAUACAACGCAGCACCUUUCAAGCAGUUUGUCAAGCUGAAGGAUUCCCUCGUCCCGUAAUAAGCUGGAGAAGAGUUGGAAUGCCUUUUCCAGGUGGAAGAACUGAGCUAAACAAUGGUACGCUAACCAUUCAGAACUUGAUUCUUGCUGACAGUGGUUUGUACGACUGCAUCGCGACGAACGCGAUGGGAACAAAGAAGACCAGAAUCAACGUGGUAGUGCAAAGAAAACCCGGUAAGCUCUAUAUAUUCAACACAAAAAGUUCUCGUGUUCUUUUAAUGAACCUUAGAUGUUAAUUUUCAUGUAUGAGCGUAAGUCCUGUUUCGAACAUCGUACUACUGCCGUGCUAAGCUGGCUCGACUAAAACUCGACUGCAUCACAACACUAGCACGACUUGGUUUCAGACGUCGAAUUUAAUUCAGUCGUAUAGAACGACUGCCGAAGAAACGGUAUAGAAAACUUUUAAAUGUAUUCUUAUGUAUUUACAAUUUAUGAAUUGAGUUCGGCACGGCGAUAGCACGACGUUUGAAACCAAGUCGAGCUACUGCCGUGUAGCAUAGCAAAGCUUGCUGUGCUACACGGCAAGACGGCAGUAGCACGACUUGGUUUCAAACGUCGCGCUAGUCUGCCGUGUUAAAGUCGAAUUUAAUUCGAUCAAUUUAGUUCGGCACUGCAGUAGCACGACGUUUGAAACGGGCUCAAGCAGGAUUUUAGUGAACAAAUGAAUAAAAUGAAAACACUGAAAGUAGUCUUUAAGAAGGACGUGUUUCAAAGUAGGUCUGAUUUUUUUUUUGAUGUUACGCUGCUCCCGGAAAUUUUCCGCAGAAACAACCGUGACCAAAAACUUCAUGCUCCAUUUAAUUUCCACCUGGAUUUUUCGGAAACUUUUUGUAAACAAUACCCAAACAAGUUUCAGCUAUAAAAAAUUUUCAACAUGGGCCUGCUGCCAAGCCAUCCCUGGGCGUAAUAAGGCUUAGAUUUUACUACCUUCUUGCGUUUUAAUACCGUUGAAAAGUCAAUAUGCUUAAUGUUCACAUUAUUCACCAGGGCUCAGUUUUAGUCUCAAAGAAAGUUUUUUUCAUGAUACUUCAGUUCUGUUCACGUCAUUAAUGUUAAUGCUGCUCGAUAUUUGUUCAGAUUUCAUAGACUCCGCAAUAGUGGGAAACAGCAGAAAUUACUCGAGGAUUUUAAGAAGCUGGCUUUCCCCUGUGGCACGAAGCGUGAAUUCCGCCUGGAAGCGCUGUUGGCGUGCAACCGUGGACGGCUGGGCUGCAAGUACAUUUCACUCUCGAUGUGAUGGCAAGGGACCAACUGUAACAAUAAUAAGGGUCGGAAGGUAUAUUUUUGGGGGAUACACCAGUGUUUCAUGGGGUAAGUGGACAUUAUGAACAGGGAUAAUUUUACUACGGUUACUAGCUUUGUUAUAAAGCUAAAAACAAAGUUUUACAUUUAGGAGUAUGAAAAUAACGCAGCCUUUGGAUACGCUGAUAAAAAGCGUUGUUUUUAUGGAUCUUGUUCUAGCCUCGCUCCACCUCUUUCCCUCGCAUCCCAUCCCAAUUCUCUCUCCAAGUGCGAUGAUAUAUUUAAAGCAUAAACUGAAUAUUUUCUGACAUGAAAGAGAUGUUUGUAGACUAAAUCAUUUAAGGAUCCGGUCCAGUCGGUGACUCCUUGACAGUCCUUAGACAUGUAACUGAGGGCGCUUCAGUACUGUUUUCAAUUUCUUGCCUGUUUCAUUGUCAAAAUGACCAGUUCCAGUGACCAUUUUUUUGUUGGUGAUCGCCCAUAUUAUGGCACUGACCUCUUUAGGGAGGUAUUAAAAAGUCAAUUUUUAUCCUGUGUAUUUGAGACAGAGAAAGGAUUACAAAUUUAGAUGUAACUUUCAAAUCAAAAGGAGUAUUACGAUGGAAAGAUUAGAAAUAUCUUUAAUUGAGGGAAAGAGGAUUAGGGGCAUUGCGAAAUUACGAGAUUCAAACUAACUUUGGAAGGGUGAAAAAAAAAUAAUUUAAAUGACCACGGAUUAAAAGGCUGAGCUCUAGAAUAAAUGAAAGGAGGGGGGUUCUCAAUCGCAAUCGAGUAGUAGUCGUAAUCGGAGACACAAGCGAUAGGCACCUAUGAUCUCGUAAACAAGAAAAAUCGAAGCUAUUAGGGUGACGGAUUCAGCUGACUCCUCAAUGCACCUAAAAGUUAGAAAAUGUACCUAAAUGUAAAUGCUGUUGUGGCAUUUUCAUCGGUUGUUCGUUUAUUAUUUCUUAAACUUUGAUAACUGUGAUUUUAAAGUUAAGAGUUGCUUUGUUUUGUUUUUACAAAUAAAAAAUGUCAACUACAACUCAAACAAAUUUAUAUGAGGAAAGCAAACUAGUAUUAACAAGCAUUUAUUUCGUGACUGUGUGACUCUGUACAUGGCAGAUGGUUUCGCAAGUGAGUAUCAAGAUGGCGUCGCUAGUGACCGCUGUUUUCCAUUUCUUUUCUUUCUGAUAGAUUCCAGCAAUAAGUAUCAGUACGACUCCAAAGCCUUUCUGUUUUCACUGGUGAACAAGCCAGGAUGGGCACCUGUUAAACUGCCUCAAACAGGAAAAUAUAGUUCUAGAAGAAAAUAUUCCGUAUGUUUUCGUUCAUCGUAUGGACCCACAUUCGGUGGAGGAAAAGAAAUUUACAUUUCCAACUACGCGUCAUCCAAUAGCCAUUCAUACAGCAACCUUGGCCAUACUUAUAGCUCACCGGGCGGGCACAGCUACAGCAGCAUCUUCUCCCAAACAUUCCUGGCAGGAACUCACCACUUCACUCCAGACGAAGUAGAAACCUUUUACGAGUCAAACUAAAAGAAAUAAUUAACAAUGUCUGCACUGUAAUUACAUCGUUAAAAAAAUUUACUUAAAACUUGCCCUGUAUCAGUAUGCGUAAGAAACGAUAAAACGAUAAAAAAAACAAGACCCACAAACAAAGCAAAAGUCUUUUUUUAUAGUGAAACCUAAAGCAAAUAUACCAAAACCGGUUCAUCCAAAAAGAGCAUGAACUAUCCUUACAUGUACUAAACGUCUUUUCACUGUUUGACCAUUAAACACUCGCCACAUGUUCGCCUCUGAGUUCGUUCUUGAUUGAUCAAAAGACAAAAGCUUACAAGAGAAAUCAAGAACUGAAUAAUACAUUAAAAGAUAUAUAUUUGAUAAAAAGCAAAAACUUCAAAACAAACCCUCGACUUCGUCUUAGUAUUGCAUUUCUGUCUCGAAUUGUCCUAAACCCUUUUGUGUUUAUAUCAGGCUAUGCAAACACGGAAAACAUCUUCUAUUGCUUGAAUAUCAUUGGCUGUAAUUCUAAGGCCCCGUCCACUAAUGGGUUUUCGUUUGAAGACGCAAUACAUUUCGAUGCGUUAUUCCUUCCGACCACACUACCGCGCUGAGCGUUUUCAUCGAAAACGCAUCGAUUUGAAAAUACUCUUGAAAGUGGAUGAGAGUAGAAGGUCGAAAACAGUAAAAACGCAUCAAAUGAAAUCGAUUACCGAAAUAUCGCAGGUGCUUUUGUUUGUAGCAUGUGUAUACUAGAGUUCAUGACCAACUUACGCCACAAGCAUUUCUACGGUUUUCGAACGUUUUUGUGUGUACAGUCGAAAACGCAUCGAAAUGCCGGAAGUAGCGUGCAUGCGAAUCGAUCGAUGUAUUAGUGUGGACAGGGCACAAAGUUUUAGAAACCUUUAUUUCAAUAGGGUAACUCGUUCAGUUUUUGUAGAGGCCCUACAUGCAUGAUAAACUAAAUUGAAAAGAAAUAAUAGUGAUAAUUAAUUACGAUUAAAAGUAGCUAUAAAAUAUUAUAUAAAGGACUUAAAAAUUGAAUUACACGAAAAAUCAUAAAAAUCUUAAAAACUAAAUCUGAUGAAAAAUUUCACAACCGUGAUAAAAAGGCCUUUUUCGUACAUUCUAACUUUAUAGACGGGAGUCUAAGUUUACCACUGCUUGUUGUUGUUCUGGGCAGUGCAUCCUUGUUACAAUUAAAAAUAGUGCACAGAAAACUGUGGACAACGGUUGCUUAAGCAUUAAUUAACUAGAUAUGCGUACAUGGCUCUCUCGCCUUUUCUCCAGAGUUACGUAACCUAAGAAAUUUAGCGCUUUUUCGCUGCUCCCCAGACGCAUAACGAUACGUGCUGCGCGCCUCUGCAACUUCUCCAACUUAUCAGCAUUAACACUCCCGCAGCAGCUCCACACAGUAUCGCAGUAAUCAAGAAUAGGUAGAACAAACGACGUAUAAACGGUACCUGCCGUGUACAUAUUUAUGUUUUUCCUAAUUCGGCGUAACAUUGCUCAUCUCUUCCUAACCUUACCGAUCAAGUAUUCAACGUGCGCAUUCCACGUAAGCGACGCACCGAGAAUAACCACAAGAUAGUUAUACUCAGAAGCGCGAUUAAUUAGGGAACGAUUAAUUAAUAGGGAACGGCAACGCGAACGUCAAAAAGCAUUAAGCAUUAGCAAAACAACAACUAUGCACCCGAAUCACGCUUUUUUGUACAUUUUUAUGCCGUCACAUGCAGCACCACUACGACGUGCCGAAACUGCCUAAUUCCACCUCUUGUGAAGAGCAUGAACACCAGACAAAGAUGUUGUAUGUUUUUCGUAACAUAGAAACAGUCCUUUAGAAUCCAACUCCAGAAAACUUCACCUACAUGUUCAUUUGACAAGUUGAACGACUUGGAAUAAGAGCAAUGAACUUGGAAACAGCAUGAAUUCACUUUUCAAGAGACGCUUUUGCCACUUUCGUCGUCAUCCUCUUCCGUUGAGAAGAUGUGGGUAAAAAUUCUCCCAAUAUGUCGCACACGAAAAGCCGCACAUAAAUCUUCCUGCAUUGAAUGAUUUCAAUUUUUUACUAAUCAUCGAUUGCGCCACGGUGAAAGCCAGCAAAAGUUUUAGCCGAUUUGCGGUUUCGCCGUGAUCUUUGAGAGAAGUGCAAGAACAAUAUGGUAUGCGAUCAAUAUCGAAAAUCAUCUUAUCAAAAAGCAAACUUUUAAUGUUCAAUUGAAGUUCGUCUGUGGAAAAAAUUUACUUCAGUGAAGUUUUAAAAAAUUAAUGUACCAAAUCUUUUUUUAGUUUACUUAGCCCAUAGUGGAGAGGCAGUCCGGCAGUUGUCUCCCGUUUUGUGAAAGUUGAAUUAAUGCAUACAGGAAAGCAAACAGGAAUAAAAUUUCCAAGACUGACAAUAUAAUUUUAAAUGUGAAUAAUUUUGAACUUUAUUUUAUCUGAAAUUUUUUUACGUUUAUUUCUUAAGUCUACUGUGGAAAUGCUCCGUAUACAUUAGUCGACUUCAGUUUUUUGAAAAUUGAUUCAAUACACAGCGAAAAGAAACUGGCCACGGGAAUAAAAGUUCCAAAAAAUGUGUAUUCUGAAAUACCAACAAAGUUUUAAGUUGGGGUCCGUUUCAGGGUGCUACCAAAGUAGAGGGCUACUCUAGACGACAGUGCAUACACUGCAAAGCUGACUAAAGACAAAAUGCCUGAGAAAUAUGCCACAUAGUUGUCUUUUAAGACAAUUUCUCCACGACAGUGGAUGUAUUUUUCUCGUUUCUAUUUCUAUUUCUAUUUCUCGUUUGUCUUAUCCAUAACUGACUCAAGAGAGAACAAAAACCCUUCUAAUGUAUUUUCCACCGCCUCAGUGCAAUUUUUUCCUGAGUGCGAAACAACAAUAGAGAAACUUUAGGGCGAGAAUGUUGAAGAUUAUCUAGAAGAAGGUCGCUACAUUCCUAUCUUGAAGGGGCCAAAACAAUAAUGCGAAGUUCAUGAUUGCCAUACCAGGCAACACCGUCGAUAUAAUAGCAGUGUAGGGAGUUGCCGGAGGACUUGUCGUUCGAAAUCCUCGAACUUUAUGUUCAAUUUCGCUCGCUAUAUAAUAGCAAAUAGCUGAGAAACGUUUAAAAGUUCAAGAAUUUCCUCAUUUUAAGUGGCUUGAUGCAUCUGAGUAAACAGCAAUAUUUGUAGUUUUCCUCGAUAUGAAUGAACAUGCUCACAGUCACUAGAAAAACACUUUGAUAAACAAACUGAAAUGUCACGCCGGAAGGAACCAGGUAUCUGUACUUGUUUUCUUUCCUGAAGCCUGAGCAGCUUAAAAGCCUAAGAGGAUUCGUAUAUUUAAGCAAUAGACCACACUUUCUAUGGGUUUACGGGCGUGAUAACCCACUUGGGAUGUUGGGAGAACACUCGAAAAGCUUGUAAAUCACGAGCCGAAGGCGAGUGAUUUACAAGCUUUUAAUUCGAGUGUUCUCCCAACAUCCCAAGUGGGUUAUCACGCCCGUAAACCCAUAGAAAGUGUGGUCUAUUGCUUUUAUAAAAUAACUUUUAGUAGAAUGGAGUCUUUUAGGUAAAAAAUAUGGUUUUAGUACCGUGAUCAAGUCAUUACUUCUCUCUAAAGUCAUCAUAAGCCAAUCAUGACUCACGAUUUAAUAGCGCUGAACUUUCUCAAAACUCAGUUCAGUCAAACAACAAACAGCAGCACUUCAAAACACGAGUUUUUGCACUCAUUACAUGAUAACUUAUGAAAGCUCUUUUACAGGAAAAGUCAACAUUUAUUCAUGCAAACGUACAACGAAAGAAUACGUUCAUGGUUUGUUUACUACACAAGUAGAAAUUAAUUGAACAUCGAUCAGACUGUACGCAGCUGUAUUUUGUUGAGUCGAUCCGUAAGAAUUUCGUGCUUACAGACGGAACUGGCAGCUAUUGUAAUGGAGGACUUCAUUCACAUUUUACAAGCCGCAGUGGUUUAGGAUCUGUACUGGACUUUAUUAUGAUUAACAAAUGCUGCGGUAACGACGUGGCUGCAUUUGCGAAGUUGUUGCAUGUAACUUUAUAUGCACGUACAGCGACCGAUGGACAUUACCCUGCGAGCAGAGGCUACAUUUUCGCGGUAUGAGCUGGCGUACUAUAUGUUGAUCAGAGAUCUCUUUUUGGAACAAUUUCUUUCAUUAUGGAAUUUUAUUUUCACAUAAAAUAAAUCAAGAAUGCUAAAACUAUUCGUUUUGUUGCUGGUUGGCACAUGGUUAAGUUUUCCUGGAGACUUUCUACACCAGAAAUUCACACAGUUGUUGUCUUUCUCUGCCCUUGGCAUCGUCGUGAAAUGUAAACUGCUUUCCAGCUUUGUACUUUGUUACUUCUAAAGCUAUGGCAGUAAUAAAAUGUGGAAACCAACGCUUUUGAUAUUAAGAAGGGCUUGUAGUAACUUGUUCUGUUUCUUAGCCUUUCUAAAUCAUUGUUUGCAGAUCAAUAGACGGUUUUGUUUAUGGCUCGUGGUCCGGAUGCCUUUUUCUAUGGGUUUACCGGUAUAAUAAACCAUAGGUUUUUGACCAAUCAGUUCACGCGUACUAUCUCAGUGCAGUCAAGAGCUACAAUUACAAGCAAGAAAAAUGGCAGAUUCAUAUCUUUUCCCAGUCGAUUGUUGUUACAAACUAAUGUUGGACUAUCACGCUGAAGCAAGGCGGGCUUAUGAAAGGGCCAUCAAAGCCUAAGGGCACUAACUAAUGGCCUGUGUGGUACGGCGCAUGUGCAAGUCGUGACAGUAGCCUAUUGUUCAAUUUUUUUUAUACCGUAUUUAUUCGAUUAACCGCCCUGGGCGCUUAUUAAAUUUUUGGACCUUGAGAGUGGGCGCUUAUUCGAGGCUGGGCGCUUAUUAACUUCUGCCUUUAGGAUGGGCGCUUAUUCGAGGUGGGCGCUAAUUCGGGGUUGGGCGCUUAUUCGAAUAAAUACGGUAUCCCCAUUUUUCAUAUUGGUCUGUGCUAUUCCCCCCAAAAAUGCAUGUUGCAGAUUAACAACCCUGUUCUUCUUUGAAACAAAUAUUUAACUUCGCGUCUUUCCAAGUAGCCUCACUAGAAAACCAGUCUAGUCUCUCGAUGGGCAAAGCUAACGGCGCAGCGCACUAUUAGUGACGUCAGAGAGCUAUUUGCAAUGUUUUGCCACUUUUGUCAUUUGAAUGACAAAAAUGAGGAAUUCGCUAGAUGUUUUAAAAUUUCAAUUUGGUUGUAUGAGUUUCAGUAUAUAAAUAGUAGCUUUGCGCAGCGUUAUUUUACGUUUGACGACCCAAUGCGUGCCGUAACUUGGGCUGGAAAUUGGCGCGGGCUUUAAUAGGAGGGUAAGAAGUAAUAUCAGCCUUUGCACAGGGUUUUCGAGCACGGGGUAUUCAAUCAGAAUACAAAAUUGGUUGAAAAGAAAGAAAAAAGUAGGGGUCUUCUCGCCGGCCCGACCAAUCCAGUUCCUUACUCCACCUGUCGCUGCUUUAUUUGAGUGGCACGCACCACUCCCGGGUUUGCGAGACACGUAUUUCUAGCAUACAGCUAUUUCAAGAAAGGUCGUCGGAAAAAGUACACGCCAUUAUCCCCAAAGGUAUUGUGCUGGUCUUGAGUUCACUGUUCUUCAAAGAAAUUGCAAAAAUGGCACGAGAGGCCAUGGACUUAUGUUUGCGAUUACUACAGGUAAGCUACAAAAGUAAGUUUGACAGCUACGGUGUUAGGAACAGUGUAUUGAUCAUAUCCCAUAUUACCUUUUUUCCGACAACCUUUCUCGAAAUAGAAUUAAAUUUUAACCCGGGUUUCUUUUUCUCGUUAUUAAAAGCCCUUUGUCGGAUAAUUUUCUCUAUUCUUUUUAGAGUAUCCAAGCAUCAAAUUGUAGGCAAAGAGAAUUAAACUGAAUUUGUAUCUUUGAGUUCAAAUUUCGCACUAACCGUGGGUUAUCUUAGCCCAGCUUCGAACAGCCCGGUCUCCCCUGGACGCCACAACCCAGCUGAGGUCAUUGUUAAGGUCUUCCAAAAACCAUACCCUUUGGGGCGGCAUUUGCCUGCGUGCAGACGUCUCCUAUUUCUUUUUUUGCACAAAGAAAAUAAGACACUUCUGCACGCAGGCAAGGGCGGCAUAUACCCCAUAAGGCAAUUAUAAGGGACUACCCCCCUCCACCCUGGGUUCUGCAACCUGAAUUAGUACUUAAAUUUAGACUAACAGCUGUUGCAAUACUGUAAUUCCUUUAUGGUCAUGCCAAUAAAGCUUUUGGUGUUGUUGUUGUUGCAAUACGAGAAUGUAAGAAUAAAGUAGGUCAAAAACCAGGGUAGCUCCUUUACGUCAGUUGUCAGAUUAAACAUAAAUUUUUGCUGGCAACUUUCCCACAAACGUUCGUCUUUGUGUGGCUAUGAAAGAAAGAGGUUGUGGAGCUGAAGAAAUGAGACCCUUAAACACCUCAAGAUCUCAUCGUCUCCUUGAUUUUGUUCCAUCCGUUAGGCCAUCGUUUCUUUCUGUGAUGCUAGUUUUUGUUUGCGGAUGCCUCUGGGUGAAGAAUACGACAAUCAACGAACGACUUGUCGCGCUGGAAUCUCGCAUUCACUGUUUUUCCUGCGUUAAGAGUAUUUCUAUCGAAAAUCUUGACAAGAUGACUCUCUCGCCGGCAAAAGAUACCGCAAAAGAUCUUUACAAGAAUAUGCAGACACAUGUUUCAGAAGGGAUCGCCUCUAAUUCAGGUAUAAAGAUGCUUUAGGGACAAUUAUCCUCUCUCAUAGAUGUCGUGCUUUGACUGAAAUGAACUCCAGCUAUUACGGACUCUCGCUAAAGAGGACACUAACUCGAGGUUCCUAUAGUGUCCGCUGUAAAGGUAGUUGACUGUAAUUCGCCUUUUGAAACAAGAAACGACUGGCAUUAUCUUUAACCGGGACAUUUCCUCAAUGCACCCCUCCCCCAACCCCUCUGUCCCUGGCAAAAUAUAGCAUGACAGUACAACGUGACUGAUAUGAUCCAUCUAACCAGAAAUUCCAAAAAUUAUUGUCUUUCGACGCUCAUAAAAUGUGACAGGGUCAAUUUUGACAAUUUUGGUGUUUAAAAUACUGUUCAAUAACAGAAACUUGCAAAGAAAAUUAAGUUUCAGUUUUAUUUGUGUCGGAUAUUGCAUUUAAAGCCCUUCUAACUAUCCAAGUGAAUAUGUAUCUAUUUGACGAAGCGAUCUACAAAUAGCAUUCCUUUCUUGUAAUCUUGUAAGGAGAGACUUUUCACACGAAGGGACAGAAUUCCAUCAAGUUGAAGCUUUUCCGAGGGGACCGUGGGAGGGCAUUUUUUCUUUUAAGCUCCCGCACAGGCUAACAACAUCAUCGACUACUGUAUCUAGAUAAUCAUUGGGCGUAGAUGUAGGGGCAAUAACUCCACGCAAUUAUUUUUGUUCGCUCCAAUUCGACUUCCAUUUUUUUCGCCAGACGACCUUAAAUGACCGGUUCCCUCCCCCCAAAUAUCGGCCCCAUCGAGGAGGGAGUAGGACGCGCAAAGCCUUCUGGAAAAUCCAUUCACCAUUUUCUCUUUUUUUGACCCAGUUUCGACCCAUUUCUUGAUUGGGCGUCGCCCACACGGGCAGCACAAUUAAUAACAACAAGAGUGCCUAUUGUUUAUGCCUUGUUCUUUUUUCUUUUCUUUCUUUCUCUUUUUAUAAAAAAAGUAUUCCGACAAGCAGGUAAAAAUGUCCCUAGCGGCGAGAGCGGCGAGGAACGAGGAAAGACACGCAGGCUAACAAGUGACCGGGUAUUCUAAACUUGCUUAGCCGCUUAGACCAAUAGUUUCUCCUCUCUUCGUUCAGACAAUCUUCAAGGAAAGGUUUCUUUUUCAAGUUUUCUUCAUGGUGGUAUACCGUGAAGAAAUGAAUUACUUCGCAUUUCUUUUUGGAUUGUUGUGAUCGUAAGGCCCCUUAUCACUGUCUAGCAUUGGAGUGAAUUUUUUGGUGUACCAAAAAAUUUCUCGCGCGUUCGUAAUGCUUUCUCGCAGGUCUUAAUUACCCAUUUUCCUUCCCUUUCAAAAGCCUACCGCGGGUUAGGUCUAACAGAAAAUAAUUUACUUUGAAGCUUUUUGGGUUGUUAUUGUGAGACAGGAGUGAAUGAUUGACUGCAAAGGAUAAAGCUUCAAACGUUAGUGUGCUGUAAGGACCUGAAGUGGGCCAAAACUUAGCCUAAGAACGUCUACGUGGGAGGCUUGUGUAUUGAGUGGAAAAUGAGACUGUGUAAUGGCGAGUAGGAAAUAAGACCACCCCACCCCGCUAAAGAUAAAAUUGUAAGUUACCGUAUUUAUUCGAAUAAGCGCCCAACCUCGAAUUAGCGCCCACCUCGAAUAAGCGCCCAUCCUAAAGGCAGAAAAAGUUAAAAAGCGCCCAGCCUCGAAUAAGCGCCCACUCCCUCCUCCUCCCAAUCAAAAUCAAAUAAGCGCUCACCUCCACCACACCCACUUGAGUAAAUAAAUUCCAAUAGGAGACUUCCCCGAGGACGGAGUUUUCUUCAGAGUAUUUUACAGAAACCUUGCUUUGUUACUUCUUGGCGUUUUGUUAUUAGCAUUUGUUGUUUUGUUGCAAAAUAAACAUACUUCACUUGCUGAAAAUGGUGAAAAUUUAAUAAGCGCCCAGCCUCGAAUAAGCGCCCACCUCGAAUAAGCGCCCACUCUCAAGGUCCAAAAAUUUAAUAAGCCCCCAGGGCGGUUAAUCGAAUAAAUACGGUAAGUAAUGAUGAUGGAUAAUAGAACGCACGAGGUCUGUCUUGUUGUGCGAGUCCCGCUCCAUAUUGGUGUCUUGUCUUGUAGUUUUGCAAUAGGAAAAUAGCGCCCACCUGUCCCCGGCCAGUAACAACAGGCACAAGUUGAAUCAACAGAGAAUGAACUACUCUUUCUUAUAGUAAUUUGUUGCCUAAAACAUGUGCCAAAACAGGAUUCACAGUAAGAAGGGCAGUGAUAACGCACUAAUUUCCACAAGAACAUUCUGAGUGAAAAAAAAGGAAGAGACAAUAGAAAAAGGAAAAAAAGAAAGAGGAUUGUUGACCUCGUUUAGAUGACCUUUAUUGAUUUCUUUUGCUUCAAUUAUCCGUUUGCACAUCUCCCAUAAUACACCAUGUUUGCCCCCUAAAAUUUUGCAUAACCUUGGCCUUUAAUUUCUCCUGGGUAUUACAGUCGUUCCAAAAGAAAUUGGAGACAAUCUUUAUGCAAAAUAUUUUAAGGGGCAAAACAAGGUGUACGUGUUGCACGUUUUACCGGCCCAAGGCAAACUUGUUUUACAGCAAGUGACGUGUAUGGCGUCACUUCCGGGUAAUUUUAUUCAAUCAAACAGAAUUGAACGUGGGUGAUAAAACGCACGACAUCGCUUUUCAACUCUUGUUGCGGCAAUGUUUCGAAAUAAGUUGUACGUUUUUGUUGCUUGUUUUAUCGUGGCUUUAGACCUGGUGUCUCUUUCUCGUAAAUACUUCCAUUUAUGGAAGGGAUCGUGUCAUUUCCACUCACGCUAUGCUGGUGUCAGUAACUGACCUAAUAACUUGGUUUUAAUUUCGAAGGAACCUUCUAAUACAUACAACCUUGUUAAAUUUAUUUGUUUAUUAACCAAAUCAGUCAUUACAAUUUAUAUUAUCAGUCAUUAUAAUUUAUAACAUUUUGACUGCAGUUGUACCGUUGUCAAAAAUGGCAUUUACAACCGUCCGACCAAGAAACCGAAGACACGUUUUAAACGACACUUCAGCUAGUAUAACAUUACAAGACGUGAGAAAAGAAAUCACAAAACAUUUUCAACAACUUAUGCCCCUCAAGUACUGUACAUCAAGUGAGAAAGUAUGCCCCGCAGGUCCCCCUGGACUUCCUGGUCCCAGUGGGGCAAAAGGACCCCGUGGUAGGAGGGGACCAAAGGGGAAAAGGGGGCCUCAAGGUCCCAUGGGACCACCUGGAAAAUCCGGAAAAACAGGAAUGAUGGGUCCUGCAGGGCCGAAAGGAGAAAAGGGAGACAAGGGAGAGCCUGGGCCGAAAGGUACGCCGGGACUGCCUGGAAUGCCUGGGAAAUCGAUAUCUGCUCCACAAGUAAUGUUGUCGCCGGCAGAACAGACAAGAGAUGAAGGAACAAAUACGGCUUUUUAUUGCACAAUUGGAGGAAAUCCUCUCCCUGCCGUCGGAUGGCGAUUCAAGGGCAGAAAGCUUCUGUCAGGAGCAAAAUAUAUGAUAAAAGGAGGAGAGUUGAUCGUUAAGAAUCUGAACUACAGCGAUACUGGGCAGUACACAUGUCACGCCAGGAACAUUCUUGGAUCGUCUGAGGCCACUUGUAAUUUAUCUGUUCAAGGUAAGAUCAGAGAAUAAUUGAAACUUCAGGAUUUUUCAUACUCAGCUGCUUAGUGGUGAAUACAUUUAUGCCUAUAAAGGGCACCCGUGUUUGAGACUUUGCUGGCAAAUCUCUUUUUUUCUUUUUUUUUCUCUGUUAUUUGUUUGUUUUCGUUUGCUUUUUUAUUCAAUUUUUGUCUUACUCACAAUUAUUUGUACAAACAAUAAUUAUUAUAUAGCAUUUAGUUUUUAAUAUAACAACGUAAAGGUAACAUAGAAACUCCGUCGUCCAAAAGCUUGCAAUUGCUUUCUAUUCGUCGUUAUAUACAUAUUAUUUGCCGUCUACAUCUUCUGUCAGGUCUUCCAGUCUUCACAAAAGUUCCACCGUCACCCGCUACGCCAGUACAACGCAGUACCUUUCAGGCAGGUUGUCAAGCUGAAGGAUUCCCUCGUCCCGUAAUAAGCUGGAGAAGAGUUGGAAUGCCUUUUCCAAGUAGAAGAACUGAAGUAAACCAUGGUACACUAACCAUUAAGAACUUGAUUCUCGCUGACAGCGGUUUGUACGACUGCAUUGCGACGAACGCGAUGGGAACAAAGAAGACCAGAAUCAACGUGGUAGUGCAAAGAAAACCCGGUAAGCUCCGUGAUAUAUUGAAAGUAGUCUUUCAGCGGGGUUUCAAUACGGCUGUGAUUUUUUUUCUGAUGUUACGCCGUUCCCUGAACUCUUCCGCUGAAACAGCCAAAAACGUCGUGCUCCAUUUUCUUUCCACCCGGAUUUUCCGGAAACGUUUUCUGAACAAUAACAAGCAAGUUUCAGCUAUAAAAAAUUUUAAACGUGGUGUCUGCUGCCGAGCCAUAUCCCUGGGCGUAAUAAUUAAGGCUUAGAUUUUACUUGAAAAGACAAUAUGCUCCAUGUUGACAUUAUUCAUCAGAGCUUUUAGUCUCAAAAAAAUUUUUUUUUGACAUUUGUUCAGAUUUAGACUCCGUAAUAGUGGGAAACAACAGAAAUUACUUGAGGAUUUUAAGAAGCUGGCUGUCCCCUGUGGUACGAAGCGUGAAUUCCGCCUGGAAACGCUGUUGGCGUGCAUCUCUGGACGGCUGGGCUGCAAGUACAUUUCACUCGCGAUGUGAUGGCAAGGGACCAACUGUAACAAUAAUAAGGGUCGGAAGGUAUAUUUUUGGAGGAUACACCAGUGUUUCAUGGGGUAAGUGGACAUUAUGAACAGGGAUAAUUUAACUUUGUUAUAAAGCUAAAAACAAAGUUAUAUAUUAAUCGAUAUUAAGGAGUAUGAAAAUAACGCAGCCUUUGGAUACACUGAUAUGGAAAGAGGAUAACCUGAGAUCAGGCUCAAUUUUCGUUUCGCUUUGUAACAACAUUCCGGCGGCAAGGCGAAACGAAAACAGAGCAGGCCCAAUUUUAGCGGUAGCCGUUAGAGAGAAUGUAUGAGAACCGCUAAAAUUGGGCCUGAUCUAAGGUUGGAAAGAGGAUUAGGGGCAUUGCGAAAUUACCAGAUUCGAACGAACUUUGGAAGGGUGAAAAAUAUAAUUUAAAUGACCGCGAAUUAAAAGGCUCAGCUCUAGAAAAAAAGAAGGGGGGUUCUCAAUCGAAAUGGAGUAGGAGUCGUAAUUGGAGACACAAGCGAUAGGCACCUAUGAUCUAGUAAACAAAAGCCUGCGUAGCUGGCGAUAUUGUGUGGGUGCGAGAUUAAAGUUUUGGCGGCGGAGCCGUGUUCCAAAAAUAGGGAGUAGGGACGAGGCGGUUGAAAUACCGCCAGGCAGAAAACCCCGGUAUUUUGAAUAGUCCGCACACCAGUGUGCGGGGAAACGGAUUGGUCGAGGGCCAUACAUAUGUCAAUCAUGUUAGAUGAGCCUUCGCAUAUAUUUCCCAAUUUAGGGAACAGAUGGCAAACUGAAAAAGACGUACACGUAAAGUGAUUGUGAUUGUGAUUUCCGCUUUAAAAAGAGCAUAAUUGAUGACCAAAUUGGCGAAAUGGCGUCUUUAAACUUCACAGCGCUGGAAUUGUCUUUAUUUAGCCGUAAGAAACAAAGGUCAAAGAAAAUUAAAACACUAUACAACUGCAUCUGAGAUCAAAUCCUAUCAGGAACACCUACCGAAGAAUAAACCACCGGAAAUGGUUACUCAGUAUGCAUGUAACAAACCAGCUUCAUGACCUUUUAAUGUUAAGCCUGGUGUUGCAAAAAAAGAUUUACUCAGUCAAAGUUUAGAAUGAUACAUGCACUGUGUAGUGCUAGUAACCUUCGCGCGAGAGCCGAGGAAAUAAAAAAACCUCUGUUCAAGCAAACUCACAAGGUCACGUUUCACAUUAUCACGAGCUUGGGAGUCGUGUUUAGCCUGUCAACGCUUAUUUCUAAACUUUCUCGCGCGAAAACAAUCGGAAGUUUCAAAUUGCAGGUUUCUCUUUGACUGGCUGAUUUAAAUUGCGAUCAGCUAAGGUGACAAAAGUGGGCGGCAUUCGAAAAAUCAUGGUUCUCUGGCAGGCGGUAUUUCUCGCGGCUUCGCCGCUCGUGACGGCUCCGCCGUCAAAUCUCACCCGACUAUAUUACAACGGCUCCGCCGCCAAAUCUCACUCGACUACUAGUCAAUACCGCCAGCUACGCAGGCUAAGUAAACAACAAAAAUCGAAGCUAUUAGGGUGACGGAUUCAGCUGACUCCUCACUGCGCCUACAAUUUAGAAAAUGUACAUAAAUGUAAAUGGUGGUGAGGAAUUUUCAUCGGUUGUGCGUUUAUUAUUUCUUAUAUUUUGAAAACUGUGAUUGCAGAGUUAAGAGUUGCAUUGUUUUGUUUUGACAAAUAAAAAAAUGUUAACUACAACUCAAACAGGUUUAUUUGAGGAAAGUAAAUAUGUUAAAAAACAUUUAUUUCGUGUGUCACUCUCGGUACAAGUGAGUAUCAGGAUAGGGAUAGCGUCGCUAGUGACAGCUGGUUUUCCAUUUCUUUUCUUUCUGAUAGAGUCCGGCAAUAAGUAUCAGUACGACUCCAAAGCCUUUCUGUUUUCACUGGUGAACAAGCCAGGAUGGGCACCUGUUAAACUGCCUCAAACAGGAAGAUAUAGUUCCAGAAGAACAUAUUCCGUAGGUUUUAUUUCAUCGUAUGGACCUACAUUCGGUGGAGGAAAUGACAUUUAUAUUUCCAACUCCGCGUCAUCCAAUAGCAAUUCAUACAGCAACCUUGGCCAUACUUACAGUCCACCGAGCAGGCACAACUACGGCAGCACCUUCGCCAAAACAUUCCUGGCAGGAACUUACACCUUCACUCCAGACGAAGUAGAAACCUUUUACGAGUCAAACUAA